GCGGGGCAGGGCUGGGCUGCAGAGCGGUGCCCCGACUUCCUCCCUCCGGCCUUCUUCACCCCAGGUUGUGGGCAGUCCCUGGGGACGAAAUGUCUGAACAAGAGCGUGUACAGGAAUGCCUGAGGAAGGAAAUAAGGUCGCUUCUCAUUUCCACCAAAGAUGGUCUGACCCCACAGCAAUUGGAAAAGGAAUAUCUUUUGAUGGUUGGCAACCAUUUACCACUUCGAAUCCUUGGUUAUCGGUCCACUAUGGAGCUAGUGUUGGACAUGCCUGAUGUUGUCAGUGUCUGUCCCUGCGGGGAUGGUACUGUAAUACUGAAAGCCAUUCCAGAUGAAUCCACCAAAGGAAUAGCAAGUUUAGUUGCCAAACAGAGGAGCAGCCAUAAGGUCCGAAACUGCAUGCAGAAGGGAAGGGCUGGUGUUUGCUCUGGGCCCAGCUCUCGCCGGCGAGUACCUUACCGAGGAAGGGUGCCCCCUAUUCUUCCAGCUGUCGUGAAGAGUGAGUUGAAAGACCUACUGGCACUAUCUCCCGUUCUCCUUUCUGAUUUUGAAAAGGCAUUUGCCAAGCGAUUUGGACGAUCCUUCCAGUAUGUGCAGUAUGGAUUCCUCUCCAUGUUUGAAGUGCUGAAUGCUGCUUCAGACGUCAUUUCUGUAGAACAGACCCGAGCAGGUUCUUUGUUGAUGCUGAAGAAGAGCGUAUCAGAGGAAAAGCAGAGAGGAUGGCCUGCAAGUAAAAUAUUUACCCAGCCUUUUAGAAUGAAACAACAAGGCUCAUAUCCCACAGGCUGUCCAAUAACAAAGGCAUGCUUUUCACAACCCACUUCAAACAUGGAACCACUGAAGCAAAUAUUGGACAUGGAAAAGACUUCUAGGUCAAAUGUAGUGGAGACUUCAAGACUGAAUCACACUGAAAAAUUAAACCAGUUGGAGAACACCUUCAAAUCAGUUAUUGCACAAGUUGGACCUGGAGGGACUAUCAAUCCAGAAUUAAAACAUAAGAUAAAAUUUGUUGUAUCCAAGUUUCCAGAGGGUUUGCUUAUUUCUAAACUGCUUAGAGAGUUUGAGGUAAUUUUUAAAGAGCCACUUUCACCCAAAAAACUGGGCUUCUUAAAUGUGACAGAGCUUGUUGGAUCUCUUAGUGACAUUCUUCAUGUUGAGUUCAGGGAAGGAGAACAAGACUUGCUGGUGUUUGAUGCUGAUAGGAAGCCUCUGCCACCUGAUGGAGCUGCUUCAUCAGUCAGAAAUUCAUGUUUAGUUCAUUCAGACGAGAAAAUAGAAGCCAAAGCUUCUGUGUCCAGUCCCCCUAGAAAUUCACUGUCUACUGCUGUUAUCAAGGAGACAACAUGGGAUUGCCCUUCAAAAAACCAGAGAGAGCCAGAACAGAAGAUUUUUAAGAAGCCUAAUCUUGUGGUAAAGCCUUUACAGCUGCAAGUAGAAAUUAACAAAUCACAGCUCUGCUUGGCAAUGGCAAAUCAUGAUAUCCCACCAGAUGCUGUAAAGGACAAGAAAUUAUGCAGACUGCCACCAUUAGAUACCAGUACUCUCGUGGGGGUCUUUGUGGAGUAUAUCAUCUCUCCUAGUCAAUUCUACAUCCGAAUCUAUAGCAGGGAUUCAUCAGAGUUACUUGAAGACAUGAUGAUUGAAAUGCGGCGCUGUUACUCUAAUCAGCUGGUUUCUGAUCGAUAUGCCAUGCCAGAGUAUUUUAUCCGACCAGGACACCUCUGCUGUGUAAGGAUUUCUGAGGAUAAAUGGUGGUAUCGGGUCAUUGUCCAUCGAAUUCUUGGGAAACAGGAAGUUGAAGUGUUCUACCCAGACUUUGGAAAUAUUGGAACUGUUCAGAAGAGCUCCCUGAGGUUCCUUAAGUUCUGCUAUACAAAGCUUCCGGCUCAGGCUAUCCCUUGUUCUUUGGCUUGGGUGAGACCAGUAGAGGAACAUUGGACAUCCAAAGCUAUUUUGCACUUCCAGAAGUUGUGUGGUUUGAAGCCAUUAGUGGGGGUAGUGGACGAAUACGUAGAUGGAAUCCUUAACAUUUUUCUGUGCGAUACAUCCUCAAAUGAAGACGUCUAUUUCCAUCAUGUCUUGAGAACAGAGGGCCAUGCUAUUGUAUGCCGAGAAAAUGUCCCUUCUAAGGGUUUCAGAGACCUUAACCCUUUAGCUUUAUACACUAAAUGCAGUGCAGGGUCAGAUGACAUUGUCCUCCCAGAGCGGGCUCAUCCUUCCCAGCGGCACUGUUUUCAUGAAGACCAAGAGUUAAGUCCACGAUCAAGAGACAGUGAAUUAUAUACCCUGCAAGAUAUUAAAGAUGAAAAGGAUUUCAGUCACCUUAAAUCAGUCACCUCAAAGGAGCCAUUAAAGGAUUCUGAAUUCAUUUCUUUGAAAACUCAAGUUAAGAACUGUGAAGAAGAUCCAAAUUGGUCCAUCCCAGAGCUAAAGGAUCUGAAAGAAGACAGUGAGGAUGAGAUUCCCACUGGAAUGCCAUGCCUGGAGUCAGUAACCAUAGGUGAUGAUAUUUGGGAUGAGAACUGGUUACCUUUGCAGGCUAAAAUGGGAAAAGGAAGUGAUGCUGCCUCCUAUUUAUUUACCUCAAGCCUUGAUGGAAAGAAACCAUAUUCAUCAUGUAAAGAAAUGCCACAGGAGGAAUGGUGUUUUUCUGCACCCAAAGAUAUAUGGGAUGAUUCUUGGCAGCCUUCAGGCUUUGUGAAUGGAAUGAAAGUAGAAGUUCAGAAACCAGAAGGACUGGGUGCUCUAGAAAAAAAUACUGGCACAACCAGGAUUCAGAAGCAACCAAACUUAAAGAGUUCCUCGGAGUCUUCCACAUUACCCAAAUUGGAGGAGUUCUACCUCUCUCUUAUCCAGUCAGAGCAUUCGGCAGAAGGCCAGUUUGAGCCCAGCAGCAUUCAGACUCCGCCAAAGCAAAUUCAGCUGUCCACAGCAGCACUCGGCCCAGCUCCUGCAGUGGUCAAUUCCCCACAGAAACACUCUGGUUCAGUGGAAAGCUCUCCAGAGAGCCUAAAGAAUGAAGAUUUUUCUAGUAGCCAUGCUAUUACAGUGUUCAAAGAUAAGAGUCAGGGAGCCAUGGACCAGCUCUCUUUGAUUUUGUCUCCUGAGCACCAGAUUUCUCAGAAGCUCUACAUUCCUCGAAGUACAGCCACUGCUGCCUUAGGAGCUGCUGCACGGUUAGCCACUUCCAGGAGCCUCCUCCACUGGUACCCCAGUGUGAAAAGGAUGGAAGCAUGAGGGAGGGAGGAAGGGAGGAAAAAAUAAAUCAGAUACUUAGGAUGGGGUGACUUCCCAGGCCAAAAUAAGAAGGAGGUAUUGAGACAAAAUCAUAUUUUGAUAGUUGAUGCCUUUGUCUUUCUGCGUGACUCUUUCUUAGCUUAAUUAUGCUGGCAGUCCCCUUUCUUGUGUAAGCAUUAAUGUUUAAUGUUAAUUUUCCUUUUUAUUGAUGUUUAUUAUUCUGUAUAGUGUUGUUCACCUUUGUUCAGUGUAGUAAUUUAAAAGAGUUUUUAGGGUUUUUUGUUUUUAAGUUUCUGUAAAUGUUUUGCUUGUGUAUAUCAUGACUGUUAAAUGUAAACUGAAAAACUACUGUUUUCAUGAUCCAUAUUUAGUAAGACAAAAAUUCUCACAUCCCUAUCCCCAGAAAAAAGGGUGUCUGAAUUUAAGGCUGCUUUUUCUCAUUUGAAAACUUCUUUAUCAUAGAGAGACUCUAGGGUUCCAAUCUUUACCAUUAUAAUUUCUCUGGAAUACUGAGAUCAGUAAGAAAAUCCACACCAAGAAGUUUUGGUCAUGUGAAAAAUUUUACAUUGUAAAAGAAUUAAGCUUUUUUUUUUUUUUUUUUCCCAGUAUAGGCAAUUUCUUUAAGACUAACAACAAAAUUAUAGAGACGGAUUGUUGAAACUUCACUGGGCCAUCUCUGUAGUGGUCAGAGUUCCCAGGAGGCUUAAUGUAACAGUGGUUUAACAGUGGCAUUGUGGAAGCCCUUUAUGACAUGUUGUUUUCCGAAGUCCAGUUUAUUAUAUGACAUUCUGUUUAGCUCAUAGUACCAACCAUCAGAGAAAAGAAAAGACUGAAAGAUGAAAUUAAAGAACGUGAAUGCUACAGAUUUCUUUGUGGCAAAAUACCAGACUUAACCCCAAACUUAAAAAAUCCCAUACAGAACCAUUUCUUAGUGGUAAAAUCAGAGCAAGAGGUAGGCAUUACUAGCACACUGCACAUGUCUAAGUUCUCAUCUUUCUAGCCGCUCUUCCAAGGCCUCCUGUUUUGGCGUUAAAUGGGAGAGCUGGCCCUUACUGCCUUGUUCUUCUUCUACAGUAAGGAAUAUCUUCUCUUUCCUUCUCACUUGAUCAGCAAAAUGUCCACUGAGGAAGGGAGUGAUAUAAGAGCAAAUAUCAGAGUGCAUUUAAGUGUACAGUUUAGUGGUUGCAACUUCUUUCUUAAAAUGAAGUAAUCAUGAGACAAAGUUACACCCAAAGUCUUAACUCCUGAGUGUUGUGAUUUUAAAAUCUUAGAGAAAUCCUGUUUAGCGCAGUACAAUUUAAAAAUUCAUGUUCACCUUUAAUUCCAGGAUAUCUAUAAAAGUGAUGAUACGCUAAUUGACACCUUCCCCCCGCCCAAAAAAAAAAAUCUGGAGACAUCGUUGGUAAUUUACCCAGGCAGAGUAAAAUUUUCAUUUGGGUUUCUGUGACUUUAUAUCUGACGUCUUUGUUGGAGAAAACACUUGAAGAGCUAUAUGGAGGGUCAAUGAACACUUAGAUACCACAUGACCAUUAAAUGUUAGGCAUGACACUCAACUGAGAUAUGAACUGGCAAAGCUCUGUUUUUCAUAUAAGUUUGGGUAAUUAUCCACAUUUUGUGUCUAAAGAAGAAAAUUCAUUUUGGAUGAUGCUUCUCAGAAUUUUAAGUGUGGGUAAUAUCCUUCACUUCUCCAGAUGGACAUUCACUGGGUUUCUGGAAGUGAAUCUAGUAGAAGCAGUAUUUACAUGUUUAGUACAUCAAGCUGUAACCCUCUCUAUAGUAGCACAAAACUACCAGUAAGAACUGUAUUAACAUUGGGUAAUGUGACAGCAGCUAAUUUUACACAUUGCCAGUUAGAUAGGGAUUAUGGAAUCACUGUGCGAAGGCUCUUUCAGAAGCCUGUUCUUUACAAAUAGCCAGAUAGAGGAUCAUUUAGACGGAGCUAUCUCAAACUAAUGAGUGUCAGCACUCUUUGAAAGGAGCCUAUUUAGUAUUGAAUAGUUAACAUCCUAUUUGAAUUAGCAGAGUGAAGAAUGAAUCUUUUUUUUUUUUCCCUAAGAAUGAAUCUUUGAGAGGCUUGUACAUUUUGGCUCUUUGUCUUUGACUAGGGCGGCCAAUCUGCCAGUCUGUUUCCCUGUCUUCUCCCAAAAGGUGGGCUUUGGUAUUUAACUGAAAUAGCUCAAAGCAACAGACACAUUUAAUAGAUGAAUUGAAAGUGAGUAAAUAGGUUUCUGUGUAUGGGCAGGAAUAGGCAUAAGAAGUAUUCAAAAGAUUGGGAGCUGGUCAUAAUUAAGGGUUAAUUAUAUUGUCAAAAGAUGGGUUGACAUCUGCUACGCAUAGAACAGCCCUCCCUCCCCACACUUUUGGUGUUAAGGAGCUGUUAGCAGUAGUGGAGGUCCCUAAGAAUUGCUGACUGGGUGUGGGAGCCGGAGGUGUGUGUGAGGGAAUGGGGGUGAGAACACACAGGAAAAUCCUGGUAGUAAGCUCCUAGGGAGGAAAAAGAAGCGGCUUUACUGUUAGCCACUCAGGUUGUGAUUCCAGUGGCUUGUAUCCAAUACCCUCUCUCCCAUCCAAACACAAAAGAGGGCCAUUCCUGUUGCAAUGAGCUGUGCCUUUUCCCUCUCACUCUCACAUAUUUGAGAUACCAGUUGUCCAUUUCAAGGCCUUGGCAUAACUAGAGACUUCUGUCUGCAGCCAGACUCUGUCUAACCUAAAGACUUAGAACUGUGGACUUUUGUUCUGGAAGGAAUCUCAGAUGAGGAAAUUUGAAGCCUAGAAAGACUGACUUGCAGAUGAUCACACAGCAGACAUUCCUGUGUCUCCCAUGUCACUCCUAGUUCAGCACCCUUUCCACAGGAAAAUAGGGCAACUCCAACUUGGGUGGAUGAUUUGAUGCCGGAAGAUAUGGUUUGGUAGGUAAGUCCAAAGGAAUGCUGGUUCUGAUAGACAGCUGAGCAACCCCUGGCAUUGGCGAGGAGAGGGAUUGAUUUACAAAGAUUUCAUGCUCUUGAAUGUGGAUAUAGCUGUAAUAACUGGCCAGUUCUACAGCUGUAGACUCCGAAAGGGGGCCUCUUCAGGGGUAAGAAAUUAAAAUCUUAGAAGUCUUUCUGAGGCUUCCUGUUAACAUUUGUACUAGGUAGAAAGACCUUUCUCACGAACUUCUGAUGUCUUUUCAGAAUUAAAUUCAUCGUAUUUAUAUAUGCAGUGCUACAGUUAUUCCUAAUUUUGCAGGGGCCACCACUAAGACAUUUGUAAGAUUUCAUUUUCUAGAGCCCAUUCGGAUCUUGAUGUUUUUCCAAGAUGCCAGCCAAGGUGGAUAUCAGCUAAAUUUGUCCAUGUGCUUUGAACAUAGCCCUGUUGCUAACAGUUAGGUGUCAUUUGUCUCAUUUAGUCACCAGUCAGCCUAGUCACUUUUUGGUGUCAUUGGCCUGUUGGAACCAGAGUACUGUAAACUCUUCUCUUCCUAACCAUGGAGACACAAAUCGUUUCAGCUUCUCAGUGGAAAACUUCUCUAGUAUUAGAUCAUCAUGUGCCACUUUUCAUAUGAAAUUGGGUGUUUGACCAACCCCAAAUGUUGGUAGAGAAUUUAUUCGCAGUGAAAUUUUCUUGGUUAUAAGCAUAGAUUGCAGGAAGUGCUUUUAUUUUUCUGUUCAGUACAAGCUUUGUUUUGUAUUUCCAUUAAAAUUUUUUAAAAUGUUUUUUAAAACGUCUGGGAUCAUAGGAAACAUCAUUUACUUGAUUAUUAUUUCUUGGUGUGACUUAGGUAAACAAUUUGAGGAAAUGAAAAUAUGAUAUUAUAUGUGCCCUCUAAACUUGUUACAGAGCUAAUGGGAAGUUACUGGGAUCAAAAAAUUGUGAUUAGCUUUAUCUUUGGAGUUUGUAACUGCCUUUGGUUUGAUUUAUUUAAAUAUUAUUGAAGUUGGAAUUUGUUUUGUCAAAAAUGUUUAGAUGCAUUUUUGGGUAGCUUUGGUUGUGAUGAUUCUGCAGGAAUGUAAGUUUCACUUAAAUAUGUGACCCAUAAGAACUUAGUUGCGUAAAGUACAAAAUUUCCUUGUGCAGUUCUGAAAACAAAGAUCUGAUGUUCUUCUCUACUGAAAUAUUUGUCUUCAUUUUUGGCACAACCUCUUUGUACUUCAGAUACUUUGGCCUUUGUAAACCUUUGCUAUAUUGUAGAUAAAUACUUUUAUUCCAGGAGGUUGGAAAUUCAUUCACCCUGGAGCCUCUUCUUAAGUAUCCGGCAGCCAUAUUUCAAAGACUUGUUUUCUUUCUCUUGUACAGAGAACCUAUCGAACUCUUAUAAAGCCAUCUUUCAGUUUCUUAAAUUCUCUUUGAGACCGUUGCACACACUGAAUACCCAAGCUCAUUCCAUCUUUUGGUUGUAAUUCAGCACUCUUUCGGUUGCUUUCCUGAUUUCCUGAUUCCGCUCUCAAGGUCUUUGCUGCAGCAGCUCCUCUUCCUGGAGCAGCUUAUUUCCAGGUGGUUCUCAACUCCAUUUGAGUGAAGUUUGGUACAAAAUUUUACUUAAUCUGUCAUUCCAUAGGACCAUAGACACCAAAGACUAAUUCAUUUCCUCCUAGAACAAAUUACUCCUUGACAAAAGCAUCCUGUUACUACGGUAUGGUUAUUCGUAUGUUUUAAUGAAAGUUUUUCUUCUAAUAUCAUAUAUAUAUAUAUAUAACAAUCCCUGUCAAUCAAAGAAAACUGUGGAUGUAUCAUUUAGAAUAACACCAGGCAAAAUAUAUCCCCACAGGAUGUUGCCUAUUUCCUCUUCGUGACACCUUGCUCUUAGUGGAUACCUGUUUUCCUUUGCUAAGAAGGAAAAUACAUGGUAUGGGCCAGAGUCAAAAGUUUAUCCUUUCUUUUCUAAAUUUUAAAAGUAAUAACAUUUCAGUACUGAUCAGGGUCCAAUUGUGCCUCCUGAAUAUCUCAUUAGUCCAACUAUUUAGCUAUUGCCACCACCUGAAGCAAAUUGAGAGGAGAGGAGUAGGGUGGGACAUUUGGCUGUAAUUAAAUAAUAAUAUCUUUCUAAAAAUCUCACAUUUUAGGCAGUAGAACAUCUGCUUGUGAUCAAGUUGACUCAUUUUCAACAACUUUUUUUUUUUUUUUUUUUUUUGCCGUUUAGG